AACUCGACAAUGAGCGGCCUGGUGACUGCCAUCUACGAUGUCGGAUGUGCGUUUGGGGCCGUCAGUGCCUUUUUGUUUGGUGAACGAAUCGGUCGAAAGCGAUCCAUCAUAUAUGCCAACAUCAUCGUCAUCAUCGGAGCAAUAAUUCAAGCUGCCUCAUAUUCAUAUGCUCAGAUGUUCGUCGCCCGAAUUAUUGCUGGCAUUGGCAUAGGCCUCAGCACUGUCGCAGUACCGAUCUUGCAGUCAGAAACUCUUCCAGCACACAAUCGAGGAUCAUUGCUUGUAGUUCAAUCUGCACUGAUUGUUGUCGGCAUCUCGGUCGCCAGCUGGGUCUGUCUAGGCACCCUGUACGCCGAAAGUUCAAUGCAAUGGCGAUUUCCGAUCGCCUGUCAGAUUCUCUUCUCCUUCGUUGUACUCGUGCUCUGUCUAUGGCUCCCCGAGAGCCCUCGGUGGAUGGCCAAGACCGGCAAUGUCGAGGAAGCUCGUAAUCUCAUCUCCCGAGUCCUGGACAAGCCGCUAGACAGCGAAGAAGUCGAAAGCCAGCUAUCAGAGAUUCUCAAGUUCCUUGCGCUUGAGGAAGAAGCGGGAGAGGCUGCUUGGCAUGAGAUAUUUCGCAACAACACCAAGUCGCGAAACCUUCAGCGCGUGUUGUUGGGCAUGGGACCAUACUUGAUGAAUCAGUGGAGCGGAAUCAACUCGCUGAGCUACUACCUAGGUUAUAUCCUGCAGACAUUCCUCGGAUUCAGCCAAGUCGUGUCCCUCGUCCUCGCCGGCGUAGCCUUUACCCAAUGCGCCAUCUUCUCAACACCGCCCUACUUCUUCAUCGACAAGAUCGGCCGACGAAAUACCAUCAUGCUCUCAUCAGCCGCUUGCGCCGUCUGCUUGUUCAUCAUCUCGGGUUCCUUACAACACCAACGCUCCGCCGACGCUGCAGCUGCGGUCGCAUUCAUCUUCUUGUACCUGGACUGCUAUGUUCUUGGCUUCCUCCCCGUUUCGUGGUCAUAUUCUGCCGAGAUUCAACCUCUCCGUGUUCGUAACAAGGCGACCGCGAUCGGAGUCUUUAGUCACUGGAUUAGUAAUUUUGUCGUUGUGAUGGUCACGCCUAUCGGAAUCAACAAUAUCGGAGGCAACUUCUUCUGGAUCUGGGCCAUCAUCUGUGCUCUAUUUGUGCCGGUAGCCUACGUUUUUGGUGUGGAAACCUCGGGGCGUACUCUAGAGGAGGUUGACCAGAUGUUCUUUGACGAGCCACGGAUUAUGAUGGGGCUGAAUCCUAACCACAGAAGGGUCAUUAGAGCAUCUCCAGGUGGGGAAGUUGCGCGGGUUAGAGUCGUCAAAGCUAAGGGCGAUGGAAGUGACCUGGAGGCGACACAGCCAGAGAAGGCCUAG